GUACGGCAGGUUCACCAACCUUACAAUUCAAAAGUUCCUACUACCUUCUGCAUUUUGUCCCUCCCUCGAGAGUUAUUGAACAAACAAAACUAAACGAUAAUGGCGGCCGUAGCAGCAGCAAAAGCUCUCGAAGUACGAGAAAUAACAAGGAUUGAGCGAAUUGGGGCUCACUCUCACAUCCGAGGUUUAGGAUUAGAUGACAGCCUUGAAGCACGACAUGUUUCUCAGGGCAUGGUGGGUCAGGUCACGGCUCGACGAGCUACCGGUGUGAUUUUGGAAAUGAUUAAAGAAGGAAAAAUAGCAGGCCGCGCUGUAUUGCUCGCCGGACAACCAGGUACUGGUAAAACAGCUAUCGCUAUGGGUCUUGCUCAAGCUUUAGGUCAAGAUACGCCCUUUACAUCGAUGGCUGGAUCAGAAAUUUAUUCAUUGGAGAUGGGUAAAACUGAGGCAUUGACUCAGGCCAUUCGAAAAUCUAUCGGAGUGCGAAUAAAAGAAGAAACGGAAAUAAUAGAGGGUGAAGUCGUUGAAAUUCAAAUUGAUAGACCAGCUACUGGAGUUGGAGCUAAAGUUGGAAAACUAACUCUCAAAACAACUGAAAUGGAAACGAUUUAUGAUUUAGGUAACAAAAUGAUUGAUAGUUUGAUGAAGGAAAAGGUACAAGCAGGAGAUGUUAUAACUAUUGAUAAGGCAACUGGAAAAAUUAACAGACUCGGACGUUCAUUUACACGUGCACGAGAUUACGAUGCAACUGGAUCACAAACAAGAUUUGUUCAAUGUCCAGAAGGAGAAUUACAAAAGCGUAAAGAAGUUGUCCAUACUGUUUCAUUACAUGAAGUUGAUGUUAUUAACAGUAGAACUCACGGAUUCUUGGCGCUGUUUUCUGGAGAUACAGGUGAAAUAAAAUCAGAAGUACGAGAGCAAAUUAAUGCUAAAGUUGUAGAAUGGAGAGAAGAAGGUAAAGCUGAAAUAGUACCCGGAGUUUUAUUUAUUGACGAAGUUCACAUGCUUGAUAUCGAAUGUUUUUCAUUUCUUAAUCGUGCUCUGGAAAAUGAAAUGGCACCUAUUGUAAUUAUGGCAACUAACAGAGGGAUAACUCGAAUUCGAGGAACCAACUAUAAAAGCCCUCAUGGUAUUCCGAUUGAUCUUUUAGACCGUAUGAUUAUUGUUCCAACUAGUCCUUAUCAAGAAAAAGAUCUCAAAGAAAUUUUGAAAAUUCGAUGUGAGGAAGAAGAUUGUGAAAUGGCUGAUGAUGCUCUUACCGUUCUGACUAGGAUUGCCUUAGAAACAUCGUUGAGAUACGCUAUUCAGCUCAUUACUACUGCAUCGUUGGUUAGCCGUAAAAGAAAAAGCACAGAAGUGAGCAUUGAAGAUGUAAAACGAGUUUAUUCUUUAUUCUUGGAUGAAAAUAGAUCGACGCAAUUUUUAAAAGAGUAUCAAGAUGACUUUCUAUUUAAUGAAUCUCCAGCCGAGCAAUCUAUGGAGAUCGCAUAGGGAAGAUAAAAACAGCGUAAGAAAAAACAUUGGUUCACUUCAAUAUUUUUAUUUUCAAUAUCUAUUAAUUUUUUAUUUUCAAAAAUAAGUUGCUUAUUACCAAGUCCAUUUUUUAAGUAUUUGUAUUUAGAUAAAAAUAAUAAACAAUUCAAAGAAAUUUUUUUGGUUUAAUUUUAUUAACGGUUCGAUAAAUCAUGUAACAGUUAAUUUCAAUUAAAAUAAGUAAAUAGUUUUCCUCCAAUCUUUUAGUUCUAAUUAUUAAAAAAAUUAAUAAUAAAAAUAAAUAUUCAAAUACUUUUCCACUAAGCACA